AUGCUGGAUGCAGCCGGUGAAGUGGAAUUAAAGGAUGUUGAAGAGGAGGACGCGCCGGGUCUUUUAGAACUCCUCAGGCAUCUGACGGACGCACCAGAUUUAGACUCGUCUACUUUGCGUGCAAUUGCCGAGGCGCGCCGUCAAGCUGGCAUAGUCACGAGGGUGCUGGUUCACCGGCCAACCAGGCGCGUUGUGGGGACUGCGUCGCUGUUUGUCGAGCCCAAGUUUUCGCGUGGUGGGAAGUCCGUGGGGCAUAUUGAAGAUGUUGUCGUGGAUCCCUCAUACAGGGGCAAGAAACUUGGACAAGCCCUUGUCUGUGACCUCUGCGAUAUUGCCCGUUCACGGGACUGCUAUAAAGUUAUCCUCGAUAGUGCAGAGACUUCAGUGGAGUUUUAUAAGAAAUUGGGUUUUAGGUCUCUAGAACGACAAAUGAGGCUUGAUUUGUAA